AUGGCUCAUUCUCGUUCAGCACGGGACUUUGUUGCACUUUCAGAUCUGCAUCCAAACCUUGCUCGUCCUAAUGUAAUCGGGGUGGUUAUUGGGAAAACAGAUGUCAGAAGCUUUCCAGACCGAAAAAACAUUGGCACUGAAAGAUACACCUUCAAUUUUACCAUUCGUGAUUCCCCAACUUAUUUCAUUAAUGUCCAGUCCUGGGGCAGAGAAGAGUACAUCAGAUCCCUCUCAGAAAGCUUCAGGGUUGGUGACUGUGUUACAAUCGAAAAUCCUUUAAUUCAGUCAAAGGAAGCAGAAAGAGAAGAAAAAUUCAACCCUGUAACUCCUAGUGGCUACAAAUUAUUGCUCAGUGAAAAUCACUCUGUGGUUAAAACCUCCUCCUGCUACGACACAGACACCAGGCUCCUGUCUCUGCUGCACCUGCCUGUCAAGGACCCUCAGGAUUAUUAUUCCCUGGGGGACAUCGUGGCAAAUGGACAAAGUCUCCAUGGGAGAGUCCUCAACGUGCUGGCAGCUGUGAUGGCAGUUGGGGAGCCAAAGUAUUUUAUCACUUCAGACAAAAGGAAAGGCCAGAGGUGUGAAGUAAAGCUGUAUGAUGAAACAGAGAGAUCUUUCCCAAUAGUAUGCUGGGAUAAUGAAUCCAUCCAGCUGGCACAGAGUUGGAUCCCCCAAGAAACAGUUAUAUUUGCAUCAGAUGUGAGAAUCAGUUUUGACAAAUUUAGGAACUGCAUGACUGCAACUGUGAUAUCCAAAACCAUCAUUACAACUAACCCAGAAACAGCAGAAGCAAAUGUUCUCUUCAGUUUCAUCAAGGAGAGUGCCCAGGCAGGAGCUCUGCCCGGCCCAGUGAAGGAGCUGGCAAAUGAAGCCAUUAACUUGGAGGCUGUAGUGAAUGUCUACACAGUGGAACAGCUGAAAGAAAAAGCUCUCCAGAGUGAUGGGAAGCUGGAGCCUCUCCAUGGAAUUAUUUAUGGCUACAUUUCCACCCUGGACAUAGACGAGAACGUGUCCAGAGUCCUGCGCAGCAGAUGCUCAACCUGCCGGUUCAUCGUGAGUGACGUGUCCAACACCUGCACCUUCUGCAGUGAUGUCUCUCCAGAGGCCAAGUCCACCUUUGUCAGCUUUGACAUCCUGGUGGAUGUGACAGAUCACACAGGCACCCUGCACUCCUGUUACCUGUCUGACUGUGUCGCUGAGGAAACGCUGGGCUGCACAGUACAGGAAUUCCUCAUGCUGGAAGAAGACCAGAAGACUGCACUGAAAUGGCAGCUCCUCCUGGAACGAAGCAAGAUUUACUUCAAAGUUACUUUGUCACCCAAUUGGAGAACUGGAUUAAAAGUGAAUCUUCUUUCCUGCAAACUGGCAGACCCUGUCGAGGCAAGUCAGAGCCUGUUGGGAAGAGACUGGAAUUAUUAA